GCUUACUCUACUCAACUCUACUCUAAUCACCAUUAUCCGCUAGAUCGAAGAUACACAAAUGGCUACCCCCGCCCUCGUCCCCUCGCGCACCCUGCAAGCCUCGGCGCUGUCCUUCAUCGGGCUCUCCGUCGGCCAUACGCUCGGCGGCAUGCAAUGGACCGCCGACCCCGCGUACACCAUCAUCUCCAACACCCAGCCCUGGGCCAUGGGCAUCGUAGGCUGGUACCAGGGAAGCGCCUUCUUCUUCACAACAGGCCUCCUCCACUACCAAUGGUCCCAAAACCCCGCCCUCCUCCGCACCCCCACCAACAAAGCAAUUGCCCUGAUCACCAACGCCAUGCUGUGGGCCAGCUCCGCCUGGUACCUCCGCCACGGCAUCAAAGAGAACGCGGUUGCCGUGGGCUUGGGCGCUGUCUUGCAGGGUGUUGCUGUCUUCAGGGCUUUAUGUUGAUAUAUAUGUCCGGAGUAGGGAAUAGUAUAAACUAAAGUACUUAAAGCGUC